AUGGGAGCAUUUCCGGAAGAUUAUGAGAUUAAGGCCUCCAGACUCAUACGUAUGUGGGUAGCAGAAGGAUUUGUGAAAGUAAAUAGAGAUAAAAGUUUAAAAGAAGAGGCAGAGGAUUACUUAAAGUCACUCGUAGAAAGGAAUCUAGUUUCGGUUAGAAGUUAUCAUUGGCGUGGAAAACCAAAGAGCUACAGCAUGCAUGACCUUUUGAGAGAUUUAUGCAUCAGGAAAGCUUUUGAUGACAAGUUUCUAUGUGUGAAGGAUGCCCCGGAGGUGACAUUCUCUAACAUGCGUCGUGUGAGGAUUCACACAUCAUAUGGAAUGAAAGAUGAUGAUUAUGCUUCAUCAGGCAUGUCACUUGCUCGAUCAUUUCUACUCUUCAUCAAGUUGGAUAGUUUUCUAUCUCCCAUUCUAUCUCCCAUGUUUUUCACAUUAAGCUUGCUUAGGGUGUUGGAUUUAUUGGAAACAUAUAUCGGCCAGUUUCCAAAAGGAAUAUUACAACUUGUGAACCUACGCUACUUAGCUAUUGACUGCUAUUCAUUACCAAGUGGAAUAUCAAGAUUGUGUAAUUUGCAAACAUUGAUUGCUAGGCUAGGCGGUGGCCAUGCCCCACCUGACUUGUGGGAGAUGUCUGAGUUAAGACAUCUCAUCUCGUUGGGUGCAUGUCUCGUUAUAAGAGAUUAUUACCUUAAAAAACCUGUUCUGAUGAAGCUGCAGACUAUGUGGUAUGUGACGCUAUGUGCGUCAGAGAUUGGGGAUUUCUUGGAAAGAAUUCCAAAUAUAGAAAAGUUGCUUUUCUCUGCUGAUGGGCCUGAAUUGAGUGAAGUAGUUGAUUUCACCCAUCUUCACAAACUCCAAACAUUAAGUUGGAGAUCAUUCAACAAAUUUCUGUGCAGAUUCAAAUUUCCAUCUACUCUUAGAAAAUUAAGUCUGAUGAGUUGUGUAAUAACUCCGGUAGCGAUGACGGCUCUAUGUGCACUACCCAAUCUGGAAGUGUUUAACAUAUACUAUUGUACCUUCAAAAGCAAUGAGACAAAUGAAGAAGAAGAAGAAGAGUGGGAAAUAGCAGAAGGAGAUGAAUUCAGCUCAUUGCAGUUUCUACAACUCUACUGUUUACAAUUGGUGCAUUGGAGAGCUGAUGAAACCAACUUCCCUAGACUCCGCCAUCUCCUUAUAGAAGAUUGUAAAAAGCUAGAGGAAAUCCCCGCAGGCAUUGGAGAAAUCCCAACCCUCCAAUUAAUCCACUUAGAAGCUUGCAGUGAUUCUGCUGUGGCCUCAGCAAAACAGAUUCAGGAGGAACAACAAUCUGAAUACGGGAACUACGACCUCCAACUUCGUAUCGUUUCAUAUGAUGAUUAG